UCACUGUAUUAUCCAUUUUAAUGGCGAAAGUUGGUUUCAUUUUAGUUGUAUAUGUGGUGGUGGUGCUGCUUAGCUUGGCCGCCACCGCCGUGCAUGCCCAAGGCACACGCUUCGGCUUUUAUCGCGCCACGUGCCCUGAAGUCGAAACCAUCGUUAGAUCCACCGUUCAAUCUCAUUUUCAAAUGGAUCCCUCAAUCGCUCCUGGGUUACUAAGAAUGCACUCCCAUGACUGCUUUGUUCGAGGGUGUGAUGCUUCUGUGCUUCUUGCCGGUCCCAAUACUGAGAGGACGGCUGUGCCCAACCGUACUUUGAAAGGGUUCGAGGUUAUUGAGGAUGCCAAGUCACAACUUGAGGAUCUUUGCCCGGGUGUUGUGUCAUGCGCUGAUAUUCUUGCUAUCGCAGCUCGUGACUCUGUAGUUCUGACGGGUGGAUUAGGUUGGGAAGUUCCGACGGGACGAAGAGAUGGUAGAGUUUCAUUGGUUUCAGAGGUGAAGUUGCCUGGUUUUUCAGAUUCCAUUGAAGUUCAGAAGGAGAAAUUCAUGUCUAUGGGUCUCAACACACAUGACCUAGUCACUCUCGCAGGUGCCCAUACCAUCGGUACCGCAUCGUGUCGUUUUUUCAGUUAUAGACUCUACAACUUCACGACGGUGACUAAAAGCGGCGCUGAUCCGGCCCUGAACCCAUCGCUUGUCGGUCGACUACGAGCACUUUGCCCUCAAGACGGAGAUGGCUCAAACAGGGUCGAACUCGACAUCGGUAGUCCCGAAAUAUUCGACCUGUCGUUCUAUAAAAACUUGAGAGAUGGAAGAGGGAUCUUGGAGUCUGAUCAAAUGCUAUGGAAUGAUGACUCUACUCGCCCUAUCGUUCGACACUACUUGGGUAUGAGAAUUUUAAGGCGGGUUUCUAGCUUUAGAGUUGAGUUUGGGAGAUCCAUGGUUAAAAUGAGCAAUGCACAAGUUAAAACUGGCCUUCUUGGUGAAAUCCGUAGGGUUUGCUCUGAGGUUAAUUGA